AAGUUUGCUGCGAAGCUUGCCAUGUUGUCUCCGGACGUCGCGUAAACAAAAACAUCAAAAGACAAUUUCUUUCAAUUUUCCCCAAUAAAAAGGGUAUUGAGCAACCGGAAGUGAUAGUAUCUUGUAGAAAAAAAUCUGUUUAGUGUCCUGAAAAAGUGAAAAGUGAGAUGGAGUGUCUGAAUAUCCUAGAAAGGUGCCGAGGGUGUCAAAUCAAGACUCAGAAGGAGUCUCAGAUAUUUAUCUUUGCCACCCACAAUCUCUCGGAUAUUUUCCAAGAAACCACAUCCCUGGAUAUUCACCAGAAUGAUGGACUGCCCGAAGUUCUCUGUUUUAAUUGCUACAAUCGCCUUCUGGAGGCUUACAAUUUCCGCCAAAUGUGCACCACCACUGCCCUCCAUUUCCAGCAAAUCCUUGCUCUGGGUGUCCCUGAGCAAAAAUACACACCUCCCGAGGUGCUAUGUGAUCCCCUGAUGGUCACAAAGUCCGAUCCGGACGAUGACGAUAUGUCAAAUUUUUCCAAUACAGAAAGUCCUCCGGAAGAGAAAUAUUCUCCUCCAGAGAACAAAUACACUCCUCCUGUGGCUACUGAAUCUUCUUCACUGGCCAAGGAUAUUGAGCCAAUAAAAGAGGAUCAAACGGAUCCAGAUUAUGUCUUACCGAAGAAGAGAGGGAGGAAGCCUGGCAAGAAGCUGGGAGAGAAUUCAGAAAAGCCCUACAGAUCUCAUAAAAAGAAGAAACCUCUUCUUCCUGGAGAGGUUGAGAAGCCAGUUAAGCGCCGAGAGCCACCCACUUUGGAGUGCAGCUAUUGCCAUUUGAAGUACUGGCUCAAGGAACGACUGGAAGCGCACAUGAGGAUUAAGCAUCAGGGCUUGAAAAUGGCUUCUCAGUGUAAGAUCUGUUUGAAGGAAUUUACGAGAGUAGAUUCCCUGAAGGGGCACAUGGCCACUAAGCAUGGUAAAAAGAGGGCUUUCCCAUGCAAAGAACCGAAUUGUGACAGACACUAUGCAACUGAAGAGGGUUUGCAGAAUCACGUGAAGAUCUGGCAUGAUCCAGAGAAUCCAAGGGAGCCGAAACCCAGGCAUAUCCUUCCCUAUAAUUAUAUAUGCGAAGUAUGUGGAAAGGCGUUUCAGUGCCCGGCCUAUCUCAAGAAGCAUAGCUAUUCUCACGGAGCUCCAAGACCUUUUGCGUGCACCCAAUGUCCAAGACGAUUUAACACGAAAGACAAGCUGAAUGUGCAUAUUUUACGUCACGAAGGGAUUAAGAAUCACGUUUGCACAGUUUGCGGUCUCCGGAAGGUAACAGCACGUGAAUUGAGGAUUCACAUGAACACGCACACGAGAGAAAUUCUCUGGCCCUGUGAAUUUUGUGAUUUCAAAUCCACCACUCAAGCAAAUGUGAAGCGUCACAUCAAGGUGGUUCACCAGGGUGUAAAGGAUUUCCAAUGUCCGCACUGUGAGAGAUCUUUCGCCAAAGCAGAGACUCUGAAGCACCAUGUGAUGACUCAUACGGGAGAAAAGCCUCAUGCUUGCAGAGAAUGUGGCAAGAGAUUUAUUCAACCAACAGCACUAAAUACUCACAUGAAGACUCACUUCAAGUCCAAGUGACUCCCAAUUCCCAAUCCUUCCACGUAGAGAGAGAGAGAGCAACCCCGCAAAUUUUUCUUCAUUAUCUACAAAAUAUAAUUUAUUCCUCUUUCAAAAGCA